AACAUUUCAUUCACUAGCUAGCCUAGGCUACUCAGGUUCUGCCAAACCGCUAGAUCUAGAAAUCUAGAUCAUUCGUUUGCCAUGUCUUUCAAAAGAGAGGGAAAUGACACGCACCUUUUGGAUACCUUAAGAAAACGAAGGAUCAAGGAUCUAUUUUCAGAGGACAUCCCUGAGGAUGAGGCAAAACUCUUGUGCAAUGGAAGGUUUACCUGCAUGGUCUGCCCAAGUCGUCCCAUCUUUGAUACCGUUUGCAUGCUGGGAGUUCACCGCAAAGGGAAAAAACAUCUACAAUGUCAAGAAGUCCAUGAGGCAAAGAAGAAAGAAUUAAAACACCUGAUUGCUGCGAGGAAACAUGAGCAGUACCUCAAAGAUGGCACCACUUCUAUCAAAAUGGCUGCUUCCACUGGUGGUGGUUUCUCCAAAUCUGCACCUUAUGAUCCACGAGUUCGAAAGAAGUAUGUCAAACACGGAGAAAGAAAGCCACGAGUCGACCUAUCAGAGUUGGAUGUAUCCGACACACAACAGUCGUGUAUAUCUCACAGAAUGGCGGACAGACAGACAAGAGACACAUCAACGUGGAGGGAUUUGUGCCAGCAGCAGGCAGAAGGACCCGUGCAGCAUGACAAACAGCUAAAGAAUAUUUUCAAACAAAAAAUAUCAGACCCUGUGAGGGUGACUCCGUAUCAGUCAAUGAGUGGCCGAAGUAAGUCUCGGUCUGGUCAUCACCGUCUGGGCGAAAGCUCAACGGGUACUCUGCCCCCACAAAGCAGUAUGUGUCCUGUCAAUCAAUAUGCAUCGGGCUACUCCGACUCAAACUUCAACUCACCUGUAGCCCCAUAUCACUCGGAACCUCUGAUGGCUCAAAAUCGUCUGACUAUGUUGUCUUGUUCGUCAGUCAGUGCCACGCUGUAUCAAGCGCAGAACUAUGCGACAAUUCCGUUGGAGCAGUUCACAUCCACACCUAACGCUUCAGGCACGUCAGACUUGACCUCUUGGUCAGUACAAUCACCUGCAGAGACUACUCGUGUUGGCACCACUGGUCAGGGUCAGCGUGGAGACUCAAACUUGAAUGGCAAAGCAUCAACCACGUCCACCUCAGCACGGUUACAGGCACAAGGCAGUCACAACCCAGGGAGUGGGAGUGGCCCUCAACCGCCAGCUAACAGGGAAUUGGUAGAGAAAUACAGGCUGCUACAGGGCUCUGGUUGGAAACGAGACUGGGAUGGAAAAUGGAUCAAAGAUGAGAAUGCUGAGUUUGACUCUGAUGAAGAGCCUCCAGAUGUGCCAUAGGGGGAAAAUACAGAAGUGUUUUUUUCUUUUCUAAUAAAACUAUGAAAACCCAGAAA